AUGUUGAAAGCCUCACGGUCCAUGUACAUCCAAGGAUCGCAACGGAAUAGCUCUUCUAUCAGACCUGCAGUCGGAGUGUUAUCCCAAGCAAUUGACCCGCCAAUAAUAAACGGAGUCCGCAAACCACGCAAACCAGGCGGAUACCAGGAUUCAGGUGCAGAUAUUGCAUGCACAUUACGUUCUAGGGGAAUCGAGGUCAUCACACCUCAGUUCUCCCCUUCUACCGCCCAGCAUGAGGGCUGGUGUUUCCCGGAUUCCGAAGAAGGGAUAUAUUCCGCCGUAAGCCAGGGUGCCACACACCUGUGGGCGAAUACUAUCGUGUUUGCUUCCCAUCCUCUCCAAACAGCAUUCUGUCUCGAUAGUUAUGCCCCGACUCUACGGGUCGUAGGCCAACCGCCGGGUUUGGUGGAGAAGUUCGAUAACAAGAUGUACCUGAACGAUAAAUUGCGUGCGCAAGGAGGCUUUACCUUGCCUCAAUCGUGGGUAGUGAACUUGGGAGAUGAUAUAUAUGUCCUACUUCAGUCAAUCCCCAACUACCCCGUCGUCGGGAAACCGGUUCGUGGUCGCGGAAGCCACGGCGUAAAGGUUUGCCAUACUCCUACUGAGUUGAAAGACCAUAUCGAAUCACUAUUCAGGGAAUCACCCGUGGUACUCCUGGAGGAAUUUCUCGCCGGCGAGGAAGCCACAAUAACCGUGAUGCCUCCGUCCCUCGACCGAGCGGAGUAUUGGAGCAUGCCUCCCGUGGUUAGAUUCAACCAUGACGAAGGUAUCGCGCCGUACAAUGGCACAGUGGCUGUUACUGCCAAUUCCCGUGUUGUCACUAAGGACGAGAUGCGGGAUGAAUCGUAUGAGGAGGUCAUGCGUCAAUGCGAAGAGGUGGCGCGUCUCAUUAGGGCUACGGCUCCUAUCCGCAUUGAUGUCCGGCGAUUCCGGCAUGGGUCGGAGUUUGCUAUUUUUGAUGUUAAUAUGAAACCUAACAUGACUGGUCCUGGUCGACCAGGUCGCGAGGAUCAAGCAAGUCUGACUGCUAUGGCAGCGGCUGGGUGUGGGUGGGAUUAUCCUACACUAUUGGAGAAUAUAUUGCAUGGAGCUUCGACCCUGGAGACAUUCCGUCAAUAUCGCUCUCCUUUGUAA